UUUUUUUUCUGGCAACCUCAUAGUUCGUCCUCUCUUUUUGAACAUUGACAUUUGACAAUGAAGCAUCUCGCCGCUUAUCUUCUUCUCGUUGCCGGUGGUAACACCUCCCCCUCUGCUGAGGACCUCAAGACCAUCUUGGGUUCCGUUGGUGUUGAGGUUGACGCUUCUCGUGUCGCUGCCUUGAUUAAGGCUUUCGAAGGAAAGACCGUUGCUGAGGCUAUCGCUGAAGGUUCUGCCAAGCUCGCUACCGUCUCUGCCGGUGGUGCCGCCGCUGCCUCUUCUGGUGCUGCUGCCUCUUCUUCCGAUGCUCCCGCUGAGGAAGAGAAGGUUGAGGAAAAGGAGGAGUCUGACGACGAUAUGGGUUUCGGUCUCUUCGAUUAAACGUUGCAAUUCCCUCUCUCGCAACUCAUUUAAACGAAAAACACUCUCUUACUCGCAGUUAUUCUUGCUUGC